AUAUGAUCACUUCUUCACAUGACCGAUGUCUGGCUGCCAUCGCCCAUUUUUCAUCUUUUUAUGACAAAUUUCGGGCUUUAAGUUACUAAGUAAUAGUCCAUCACUUCAGCUAGUUUAUAAAAAUGGCGUUUUGCCGUUUAGUGUUCCCUAUAUUAGUGCUAAGUGUCGUGUCCUGCUUCGCCAACCUGCAGGUACCUGUAUUUCUGUGGGGUGAUUUGAAAACAUCUAUAAAAUCGAAUCCUCUCGUUCGCGUAACUGAAAGCGAAUUCGAGGACACGCUUAAACAAGAGAUCAAGGACCAUUUUACGGUCAUUUUCGUCGAUGAAUCUCUUUCUGUUGAAGAUUUUUCACGCAAAAAUGACGAUGGCGAAACUUCGUUCCCAUAUCUGCAUGCUAACAUCGGUAACUCCGUGUACUUACCAGCCGUCGAUAACCCAAUAGCUGCAUUGGACAAUUUAGCGGACCCGGAAAAGGUAGAUCGAGUCAAGCUAACCGAAAAUGGCCUGUCCGCUGAAUUUGAACCGGAAAGUGUGAAAAUUUUGUUCAUAACCCUGAAGGACGCGCGCGUUGGUGAGUCAAGGACCAGCUUGCUACGGAGACACAAUGACUUCAUGGAAGAAAUGUUUACUAAACUCCAAAAUCAAUAUGGAAAUGUGGUUGCCAUAUACACGGCUGACUUCCCUUCCUGGGUCGUCCCGGAAAGCCACUCCAGACUUCGACGUCAAGCUGAACCCUUAGCCCUUAACCAGUACUCAAUCAACGGCCUCAAACUGUAUGUCCAAGACCUGAUCCUCUCGGUUAACAGCGAGAAAACACACUUGAACACUGUAUCAAGUCAGAGCUCGACAUUCAACGGCACAGACAUGCUAACGACCAUCGGCUUCGGAGAAAACACUCUGACAUUGAGCUUUUCUCAGAAAAUGGGGUACUGGUAUUUUAAAACGGUCACUCUGGAACAGAAGGCACCAUCUCAAGUCACCGAGAUACUUUACCCUAAGGAAGAGGUGUUCUCCUUCAUGGAUAUGUCAUACCGUUGCGGACAGGAUGUCUCAUUCACCAGCAUCAAUGACACCAAUGUGUACAGCGUCACGUUCUCAAACAUGAAGGUUCAACCAUUCUUCAAAGAUACCAAUAGUUCGAUAGUCUUCGGUGAUUCGGUCAACUGCGUUGGAUUCUUCAGUGUUCCUAUCUGGUCUGGGCUUUUCGUGGUUUUCAUACUCCUAGCGAUCACCUUCUAUGGUAUCCUGAUGAUGAUGGACAUCCGCACCAUGGACCGCUUCGACGACCCCAAGGGAAAAACCAUAACAAUAAACGCGAACGAGUAACUUGAGUGAAGGUCACAGGGCCAAUUCGCCCGCCAUUAUAGGAUAGUUGUCAUAUAUAGCUCAAGUAUUUAUCGUAACAGCCCAAAACGCUUUAAUAUAAUGUUUUGAUGAGAAAUUUAUUCCUUAAUAAUCGAUUUUGAAAAAAAUAAUAAUAAUUUAUUGUUAAAAAACGCAACAUGGUGGUAGUUUAAAAAAAAAUAUUAUAAUAUUUAAAGAAACAAUGUAUACGUACUUUUUGGUGCGAAAAAGUGCGAACAUGUAUGCGGUACUGCUGUAUCAGAAUGAGAUGGAGGUAUGUCCGUCUCUUUCUCAAAUUAAAUGUCAAACCUUCGAUUUGUCCUUGUAAUAAAAAGAAAGUAAUUUUAAAAUGAAUAUGGCUGUAAGUAUAUAUAAUAUAUUGUAAUACUAUAUAGUAGUACCCCAUCCGUGUAAAAAGCUUCCUAAUUAUGGCCUUAUGUCAAGUCUGAUGUUGUUACAACGACAAACAAUAACUCCGAGCUUCAAUGGCGUAGUAUAAUGAAAUGAGUGCCCUCCAUGCUAGUGCCAAUCAAUCAACAAUUCGAAUAGGGAUCUAUAAGUGACCUUCGUUUUAGGGCCGCGGUGUUUUUUAAUGACCGGUAAUUUAUUUAUACUAAUUCUUUUUUGUUAACAAAUGUGUAUUGCCGCGGCCCUGAUAUUUCUCGCGAGCAGAAUCGACACGGACAAUAAUUGGCGCGAAAACAAAAUGGCGGUCGGGAUUUGUUCGCGGGAGGUAAUAGUUUAAGCGAGAAUAUUUAAAAAUCGAUGUCAAUAAUUUUGUUUUCAAUCAUUUUUAUUCCGUUUCUUUUUUAAUGAGUAUUAAAUCGGUUCAUUUUGUUUUGUUCUUACACAUAUUUUUUGAAGUAUUUUCUUCUUAGACGUUGAAUGUUAGAUGGAUUAUAGUUUAAGAAAUAAAGCUUACGUAUGUUCCAA